CUCAAGUUGGCAAAACUAGAAAAUUAUGACAUAAAACCGCUCGAUUAAUCAUCAUUUGUUCAAUAAUGACGUGAUCAAAGGCGGUGAUAAUAGUAACGGAUGGCAGAGGAAGGUGCAGCCGCGAUGUCGGAUGAGGAAGAUCACGUUGAUCCUCGCAUUCAGAUCGAACUUGACAACCUGAAUGGAGCAUCAGAGGUGAUCAACCACCUGGAGUCCCAGCAUGAUGAGGCAACGGCCAAGUUCCGAACAAUGAUGCAAGAAGCCAGCAUUGAGUUAAAGCAACUCAAAAAGAAGCUCGGACAAUGUGUAGACAAGGCGCGACCCUAUUUUGAGUGCAAGAAAUUAGCAAGAGAGGCUGAGUUCAAAUUCCAGUUGGCUCAACUGAAGACUCAAAAAGCUGCGCGACAAUUCCAGCGAGCAAACAGCCUGUACGACGCAGCCAAAGAAACUAUCACGCUAGCUGAACAACGCCUGAUGCAGGAGAAGGGUAGGCCGUUUGAUUCAGCGUGGCAAGAGAUGCUUAACCAUGCAACAAUGAAGGUCUUUGAGUCAGAACGAGAGAAAGCUAAGAGUGAGGCAGAGCACCAGAAAGAGGCUACAGAACUAGCGAAUCUCGAGCUAAAAGUGACCCUAUACCAGAGAAAAUAUGGCAGUAGUAUUAGCAAGGCCCGACACUAUUUUGACCUGAAAGCCAAACAUGAGGAAAUUUUAGAGGAACAAAAACAGCAAGUACAAAACCUACAAACAUCAAUCCAAGCUGCCAAAGAUAACUAUAAGAUAAGCCUUCAAAUGCUGGAGACGAUAUCGGAGGAAAUCCACGCCAAGCGACGUGAAAAGUCAGGGGUGCAGAUUGAGCUGCCUCCGAGAGAACCGGGUGUUGGGGCCGACUCUGAAGGAAGCGUAUCUUCACUGGAGAUAAAUCUAGACUCAGAAAUGGGAAGCAUGAUGUCAUACACACCAGAUCCGUCAGACCAAGAAAACGAAUGCGAGGACGAAGACCACGGUGCAUCUUUUUCUGGGGCGAAUCAAGAUGUCAAAUCUAAGAACAACCAUCAUGUCCGCGCUGGGGUCCUCCUAGGAAUCCAAGGGCUAUCCUUGCAUCACCAUCCGGCUAAUUUUGCACCGAUGCGGACUGACCCAACAAUUCCAUCACCCCUUGGAGUCUCCUAUCCAUCAUUGCAUGACAAUGAUUCACAAAAAGACGAUUCACGGAAAAAAUCGCAUAGCCUUUUAGGUGAACGCUCGAGUCAUGAAGCGGCUGAUGGGGUUAGCAUCGAUGAGGAGUACUCAUUGGGAGAAGGAGCAGAAUUUAAUGGAAAUGGUAGAAAAUCUCGAAGUAAUACCUUAGUAAAUGAUGAUAAACCAGCUAAAUUGGACAGUUCUUGAGGGGUGCGAGUAAAUUUGAGGAAUUCGGGUACAUUGAAACUGUUUUGUUGUUUCGUAAAUUGUAAGAUAAUUGUAAUAUAUAUAUUAAUAUCUUUUUUCUUGAAUUUGCAUUGCCAGGUUUUGGCAGUGUUUGUUUCUUGCAUAUUUCUUGCUUGUGGUGCAGGAAUAAACACAGGCUGUCAACUUGUUUGUAGUAAGUUUUAUACUUCAAGGAAUUAAUGCAGAGCUGGUGUUCCCUUUGUUGUUGAUGACGGCUGGGUUAGACCAAAUUUGCAGACCAAACACAAUCGCCAGCUGAGCAUAGGGUUUUGACAUACAUGUAAUUCUGUAACUGAGGCCUUUAGAAUAACUGUAUACAGCCUUCAUCAAUCAGUAUCUUGCAUGUCUGUUCUAUUCUUCAGUAGUUUUAAUGGAAUCUUUAUAUUAUGAUUGUUUAACAAACCAUAUUGAAGCUUUCACAAGAACCACUCUGUUUCGGUACCCUCAACUUGAUUGUAUGUUAAAGGUAUCUGACGUACCCUCUGAUAAAGAAUCUGUUAUUGGUAUGUUGUAUUCACCUUGUUUUUAACAAACGUUAUUUGGCCUUUCUAUAUGAUUAUAGACACCCUGUAUAAAUUGUGCUUGGCUUAAAGUCUGACUAGGCUUUAUGCCAAAUUUUCAAUGUCCAUGUCGAGAGCAUGAUUGUAUUAAAUGAUUUCUUUCAGUUCCUCUCAUUUUACAGGGAUCUGUAUUUAGAUUUUAUAUAUUUGUUUUACAUAUUAUUUUAUUCAUACAUAUAUAUGUAUACAAAAUGCAAUGUUCAUUUUUAGCUGACUACAGAAACAGUUAUCAUGUUUGUUAUCAUCUGUCAUUGUUGGGGGUGGGUAAGGGGCCGGUUGUAAAGAUCGUAGGCACCAAGGGGGGGGGCUGGUGUAAGAGCUUACUGUGGCACAAAAGGUCAUAAUUCAAUGCAGGUAGAAAACAAUGACGCAAACUAGUCAAGCAUGAUUGUGUUGCACGGAGGGAGAGGCUACAUGUAUGAUAUGUGUUGAUGGAAACUGUUCAGAUGAGUAGUCACCAACAGAAUACUUGGAUAGGAUCGCUUGAAACCAUUGCUAUUUUUGGCAAAAGCUAAGCAAUUUGUUUCUGUGCCUUUAUUUGUUCGUUGUCAUUAUAGGAAUUCCUUUACUUUGCACAUUCCAGAACUUAGGAGUCAUAUAGAUAGAAUGGUGCUUGAAAAGUAGACUGGUAUUAUAAAAUUGAGAAUCAGAAAUUGUGUAGGGAUCUUGCCGACUUCUAUCUGUCCAGUGCAACUUUGCUCUGUUAAUGAGGAAAGCCCUUAGCCUAAUUCCAUUAGGCCCCACAGCUGGCGCUAAAGUGGCCUGUAAUGCAUGAGUCUGCACGUGACGGGCUAGAAAGACGACCUGCUGGGUGAGCCUCACCCAAGACCUGCUGCUGAUCUCAAAUUGUAGUUUCUCAGUCAUCCUGAAGAUGUCUACACCAUACCUAAUAAAGACUGUGAAAGAGA